CACCAGGGGCGGCUGCCCGUGUCCUGCCCGGCAUGGGGGUCGGGCUCCGGCCAAGCCCCCGGGGGCGCUGCUGACCUGAGCGGCACCCGCCGCUCCCGCAGCUCCGCGGGCAGGAGGAGAGGCGGCGGUCGUUGCCCGCGGGCGGGCGGCGCGGGGCUCGGCGCGGCGGACCGCGGGGCUCGGGACCCGGAAGCAGAAGCGGGGCCGAGAGGCAGCUGGAUGGGAAGGAGCGGCGGCGGGCGGCGAUGGGGGAGCAGCAGAGCUCGCUGAACGGCCCGCGGACGGUCGCCACUGCCGCGCCGCCGAGCCCGGCCGGGGGUCCGCGGGAGCCCGGCCCAGACGAGCCGCCUCCGCUGAGAGAGGGAGCUCCGGGCGGCGGGCCGGCCGGGCCGGGGCGAAGCGAGGGGGAGCCGCCGCCUGCCACCAGUCCUGAGCGACGAGGGGUCGAAGAGGAGGAGGAGGAAGAGGAGACGGCGGGCGGGCCGGAGCAGCCCCCGGUCGCGGAGGAACCAGCGGCCCUGGCGGAGGAGGGGCCGGGGCCGGAGGGAGGCAGCGGCCGCCGCCGCCCCCCCCGGCGGCACGUGUACUGCACCGUCUAUUGCGUGGAGAACGACCGGCCGGCCGAGGCCCCCACCUCCCCCAGCGGCGGCGGCCCAGCACCGGGGCAGCCUUCGGCGCGGCGCGGGGUGCCGGCGGGCGGCGAUCCGCUAUCGGCGGGCGGCAGCAUCGAGGUGGUGGACUUGUACCUCCUGCCCGAGCCCUUCUCCGGGCUGAUCGCGGGGGAGUUCGGGCCGCUGCUGGUGCUGAGCUGCCGUGUGUGCCUGGAGGAGAAGCCCAUCAAGCCCCUGUCCUGCUGCAAGAAGGCAGUGUGUGAGGAGUGCCUCAAGCGGUACCUCAGCUCCCAGGUGCAGCUGGGCCAAGCGGAUAUCAAAUGCCCGAUCACAGAGUGCAGCGAGCACCUGGACGAAACAACUGUCCUCUAUCACCUGCCCCACGAAGACAUCAUCAAGUACAAAUACUUCCUGGAACUCAGCCGCAUCGACUCCAGCACCAAGCCAUGCCCUCAGUGCAAGCACUUUACAACUUUCCGGAGGAGAGGCCACAUUCCUACCCCUGCCAAGUUGGAGAACAAAUACAAAAUCCAGUGUCCAUCUUGCCAAUUUGUCUGGUGUUUCAAGUGCCACUCUCCCUGGCAUGAAGGUGUGAACUGCAAAGAGUACAAGAAGGGAGACAAGCUGUUGCGUCACUGGGCCAACGAAAUUGAGCACGGGCAGAGGAAUGCCCAGAAGUGUCCAAAAUGCAAGAUCCACAUCCAGAGAACAGAAGGGUGUGACCACAUGACCUGUUCCCAGUGUAACACUAAUUUCUGUUACCGCUGCGGGGAGAGGUACCGGCAGCUCCGCUUCUUCGGAGAUCACACCUCAAACCUCAGCAUCUUUGGAUGCAAAUACCGCUACCUCCCCGAGAGACCACAUCUAAGGAGAUUAGUGCGAGGCUCUGUCUGUGGACCUUCAGUCCAGUUGCUGAUCACCGAACAGGUCCAGAGAAGGCAACGAAGCUGGCAAAGGGUCUGGAGAACAGGCUCUUCCCUUCAGAGGGCUGCUGUGCUUUUGUGGGUCCUUGCAGUGAUGAUCCCAGGAAAUAAAGGCCUAUUGGAAACCCAUUCUUUGCAUGAAGCAGAUGAAGAUGUGGUCACUGAUGUCGACUUCACCAAUAUGAUCUCUGAAGAAGAAAAAGAAGAGUUAAAGACUGAGCUAGCCAAGCUAGAGGAUGAAAUCUCAACGUUGCGGCAAGUGCUAGCAGCCAAAGAAAAGCACCUGGUGGAGAUCAAACAGAAGCUUGGCAUAAGUCUGAUGAAUGAACUGAAGCAGAACUUCAGCAAAAGCUGGCAUGACAUGCAAACAACUUCUGCUUACAAGAAAACACAUGAGACCUUGAGCCACGCAGGACAAAAAGCAACAGCAGCUAUCAGCAACGUAGGAACCGCUAUCAGCAAGAAGUUUGGAGAUAUGAGAUCGCAUUCAAUUAGUUACUCCAUUCGCCACUCCAUCAGCAUGCCUGCCAUGAGGAAUUCUCCAACAUUCAAAUCAUUUGAGGAGAAGGUUGAGACCACUGUCACGAGCCUUAAGACCAAGGUUGGUGGGACAAGCCACACAGGGGGCAGCUUUGAAGAAGUUCUCAGCUCGACAGCCCACGCCAGCGCUCAGAGCUCUCUUGCUGGCACCCGACUCCCUGAGAGUGAAGAAGAGCUGCAGUGUUAGAGCUCAGGCCCUCCUGAGCCACAUACCUUUCUUCAGGGACUUGCCCAGACAGUGAUUCUGAGACCUGCCUCGCCACCCAACCUCUGCAACAAGGUUUUGUCAGCUUUGGAAAACUGCCUCCCUGGCCUUGUGCUGGAGAAACUCUUCCUCUCUGUGUAUUUUGGAUGGGCCAAUUUAUCAUCAGGUAUUUUGUACACCACACUCAAGUCAUUGACUUAAGAAUGCUCUAAAUUCUAUGUGCAGUGACCAAAAUAAGUUUUCAUUUUCACCUGACUCCCCUCCAACAAUUUCUUAGCCUCUGGUUCUUGUUUUCCUCUUUCUCACCUGACCCCCCUCCAACAACUUCCUAGCCUCUGGUUCUUGUUUUCCUCUUUCUCACCUGACCCCCCUCCAACAACUUCCUAGCCUCUGGUUCUUGUUUUCCUCUUUCUCACCUGACUCCCCUCCAACAAUUUCUUAGCCUCUGGUUCUUGUUUUCCUCUUUCUCACCUGACCCCCCUCCAACAACUUCCUAGCCUCUGGUUCUUGUUUUACUCUUUUCUGUCUGAUGGUUUCCAACUCCCCUCUCGGUGCCACAUCAGACAGAUGGAGCUAGAGCUGUGUACUUUUACUGCCAGCACCAGCCCAUGUACCAGCUGCCCACCGGCCACACCAGGUGCCCUUUGCUCAGGAGUGUCUGUACACGAGCUAGUUCCUACCAGAAUUAACAUCACUUACUGUCACCAAAAGCUUUUUCUCCCCUCUGCUGGUACAGUCUGGCACUGCUCUCCACCUGCUGCUCAGCAGAGUUAAGGAGGACAGGAAGGACCCCAGUUAUACAGAAACUGAUCACAGCUGCUGGCUUAAGAGGAUUAUUGUAGCUGGAAAUGCUGCAGUUUAGAGAAUGCUCCAUUGCUUGCUCUCUGGAUUUGGUAAGACCUGCCGAUGUGAGUUAAUUACAAAAGGAAGUGGAGUGGAGGAAACCUCCAAUAUUUUUGCCUCUGUAUCCUCCCCUCAGAAGUAAAGGGAGGGGUGUUUGUGAGCCUCAGUCAAGACACAGCCUUAAGUGCAAGAACACAAAGCCAGCAACUAGCUUAAGAUGUGCCAUAGGUUAGAGAGCCCAAGCCUUCAGCCCCCACCCCGGAGCUGCUCACACCCAGCCCAUGAGGCACUUCGUGUUUGGUGGCAAGUUUCAUUGUGCUUCACUCCAGAACCUAAUUCUACCAACUGCAUCCUAUCUAUCUGCUUCAUCACCAGAGCCAGUCCUCUGCCAGCUCUGCUGCAGCAUGGCUUCUUGCAUCCUUUGAACAGCUUCCCUAAGAGCAGAGCAGCACCUAUGUGACAGCAGGGGCCAGUCUGCACUCCUCAAGUUGGGCACAACUUGCUCGAUUCCUGAGAUGGAAAGCAGGCUGCCUGCUGCUUUUGAGCAUAAAGCCAAAGCUUCAACCUAGUGUUAGUGACUUUGAUGUUACAGACUGCUUGAAAUCUUGUGAGAAAACCUGGCUUUAAGUGAUUUUUUUUUUUUGCCUGUAUGGCUUUUGUUAGAGAUUUUACAGAGCUGGAAGCCUUUUUGUAACGUUCCACUGGACAGGAGUUACCUUUGGACAUUUCUAGACAAUACCUCUGGUGUGAUUUUUAGCAUGGAAAUGAAUCUCAGUAGAUUUGGGGUUUUUUUUUUAGCAGUUUCCUUGUGACCUUUUGCUAGUUUAGCUGAUGUGGUUUUGUGCAUAAAAGUGACUUUAUUUAAAUAAAGAAGAUAUUGAUAGUAACUAA